AUGGCUGGUCGCAUUGGUGAGUCAGUCAGUGCCUUGAACUCUCUUGGAGGAGCUUCAGCGAGAUCUACCAGAAGAGCUUCUUUUGUUUUCGAAGGGCAUCAGGCCGGGAGCGGAGUAACAGCCGCUCAGGAGUCAGCUCUCCGUCGGAUUGGGCGCCUUGUUAAGGAUGCAGGGCCCUGUCCCAGUGGCCUGACACCGAAGCUUGCGUUUGAAGAGGUCAUCAAGUCGAAGGACAUGUAUAGCCUCAACAGAUGCUCAGUUGCAACCUAUGACCUUGAGAAACUCAAGAUCACGAAGAGCGACACGGUGCCGAAACCUGCUGCAGAUCUCCUCCCGCCGCUUGAGGCGGACUUUUUGACACAUCCUGAACUUCACAUCAUCAGGUCAGAAGAAGAGAUCAACGAGUGGUGCACAGCCAACAAGGAUUUCCAGCCGUACUGGGAUGAGACAUUGCGGAAUGACCGCGAGGCGCGCCUAGAUCUGUAUCGAAGACUGCAUGAGAAGGGCCUGCUGGGUUUUCGCAAGAGGAUCAAGUGCAAGGUUGGAAUCUUUUUCGUCAAAAAGGCGAGUGGCAAAGGCAUCCGUUUGAUCAUUGAUUCUCGUAUGCCAAAUGGGUGUCACCGUCGUCCUCCGAAGACCAAACUGGGCGGCGCCUCCGCCAUCUGUGAGCUGGACUGCUUCAUGGAGAGUGAUGAGCUUGGGGCGGUGAAUGAGGGCUUCGGUGGGCCGGUUGAGCUUCCUCAAAAACUUUUUGGCAGCACUGGUGAUGUUUCAGAUGCUUUCUAUCAGUUUAGCGUUGAACCUAUGUGCGAAUGGUUUGGGCUAGAUGAUCCGGUUGCGGCAGAAGAGUUUGGCUUGACUAAGGUGUGGGAUUCUGAGGUAGGCGACUAUGUUGACCUUUCAGCUGGCGACAGAGUGUUUCCAGUUUUUCUUGGGAUGCCACAGGGUUGGGCCUGGGCUUUGCACUUCUGCAAUCUGGCGGUGGAGUAUAACAUGUCAAAGGCAAUUCCCUCUUCGCAAUUUGUCAAAGAAGGUUUACCUCCACCUGACCCCAGACGAGGACCUAUAGGAAGUGUCUAUGUUGACAAUAUCGGUGUUUUUGGAUUUGUUGAAAAGAUGGUUGACCAGUCUUUUGAUGAGGCAGUUUGUUGUUUAGAAAGAGCUGGUUUUGUGUUACAUGAGCUUGAGCGUGGUGCUAUUGAAGCUCAGAAUGUUGGGAUUGUCAUCAGACGAGAUACCAUGACUGUCCGGCAUACUCGAAAGCGAGCGUGGAGGCUGUACCUGGCUUUGAAGCAUGUGCUGAAGCAGAAUCGCAUUACCACUGAGGCGAUGAGGGUCUUGGUCGGCCACAUUGUGCACUAUUUCUCGAUCAUGCGUCCUGGGUUGAGUGUCCUUUACCACACAUACAAGUUUAUUUUUGACUGGUUGGAUGGUAGAAGUCACAACAUUCCGGGUAGUGUGAAGCGAGAGUUGCGCGUGGUGGCGGGGUUGGUUUUCUUGGUGGAGAUCGACCUUAAGGCUUCUUAUUGUGAUCGGAUCUAUUGUGGUGACUCCAGCACGUAUGGGUAUUGUUUUCAGUGGUCCCCUUCAACAGCAUCGGAACAGCGCGAGCUUUUCAAGUUUCAUGAGCGUUGGCGUUUCCUAGAGGUUGAGCAGCAUACUGGGUUGGGUUUGGGUUCACAUCACUCAUCUGCAGAUCUUAGUGUACCUGACAUUGCCUAUGUACGGUGGCAGCAUGGCGAAGCAAUUCACAUGAAGGAGGGCCGUGUGGCUCUGAUGAGCCUUCGUCGUGAGGCGAAGCGAUCAGACUCACAUGGCAAGCGUUUGUUGACUUUGUGUGACAAUUUAUCAGCAACAUGUGCGUUUGACAAAGGGAGAGCGAAGGAUCUGUCGCUCCUGGCCUUGUGCAGAAGAGCUGGAGCAAUUCAGAUUGUACUGGUCAUGCAUCAGCGUCACAGCAACUUAGCAAGCUCCAAGCGCAGCGCUCAGAGGUGUGAGAACCUGUCCCUGGACAGGGGCAGUCGAAACGUGGGGAGGGCCCGAUUGCGGAAGCAGUCCACCCGAGACCAGUAUGCUGACAGUUGGAAGACGUUCAUGACUUUUUGUGCGGCCAAGAAGGGUUGGGGCAAUUUAGAACCAGGUGCCUCAAAGGUUGGGCAAUACAAUGAUUCGAUUGUCAUAGGCUCUUCAGGCCGUGAAUGGAUUAGCAAUCUGGUCGAAAAAUUGUAUGCAAUUCAUACUGGAGACAUGGAUAUGAAGCUUUUUCCUUUUACCCUGAAUCAAUUUGAGAAGGUUUUCAAAGAGAGCACGGAGAGACUGCAGUUGAAGAAACUGCAAGGGGCUGUUGGGCAAGCUUUGAGAGUGUCCGACGAUACUCCAAGCAUGGACGAGUCAAUCGCCAACUCAGUCUCCUUAGCCCUGAACAACUUCAUGCAGCCAAACAAGCUGCCCUUGAGCUCCCUCGUCAAUUGCUGA